AUGCAAACUCUUGGAGGAGGUGAUUCCCAAGAUGUAACUUCAAACCCAUGCUGGGAAGAUACAAACAGUUGUUGUACCAAUGGAGAGCCGGAUAGGCGUAGUCAGACGACGGAGGAGUUAGCCGAUGUCAUAGAAGUUAUAACCAUACCUGAUGAUGAUCCUCCUUCAUCAGAAGACAGUAAUGUUCCAUCUGUCUCAUCAAGCUGUUUGUCUUCUUCAUCGUCAUCGGUAAGAGUUGCUGAUUACUCGCAAUCCCCUUUUGAAGACUUUCGCACCAGACCUGAGUUGAAUUCUCACUUGACAUCUGGCGUGAACACUCCAACACAGCUACCUACGGACAGUAGAAGGGAGACUCAGACGACAGGAGAGGCAACUGUUAACACUUCAACUGCAUUUUGCAGACCUGACAAUGUACCAGCAAUGUCAGCUUGUUACUCCUCUCAAGCAACAUCUACUCAACCAGCUCAAUUAAAAGAACACAUCUUCUGUGGUUCUUCAGCUUCCUCACUGGCAAAUGAGGCCUUUCCUUCAACUAUUCCUUUAUCCAUACCCUCCAGAGCAAGUACUGGCUCAAGCAAUGUUUCAGCUUCAAUAGGAAGAAGAAAGAGGAGAAUGUUACCUUCUUUUAUAGUAAAACAAGGGUCACCAACAGACGACGAAUUAGAAGAAUUAGGCAACAAAAUUGCUGAAAAGUGGAGGGUGCUUGGGCGUCGCCUGAGGGUCAAGAAUCCAAAACUACAGGAUAUAGAACAAAGAUUUAGAUUGUUGCGUGAGAAAGGAUACCACAUGUUAAUGAUGAUGAAUUGAACAUUAUGGUUAAGGCGGAACACUUGGAACCUAAAAAACCUAAUAUGAAGACUACAACAUUAGAAGAUCCUCAAGCAUUCGAAAGGAGAGUCAUGUGCGCAAUUGCUAUGGAGUACCUCCGGAUCAUGCAACCAAAGUCAAGUGAAGAGUUUAGCGAGUUUAUGGAAUAUUUGAGAAAAAUGAGAGUCAUCAUUACAGGUGUCUCUGUUAGUAGUUUGGUGAUAACAGUGAAGUGUGAAUCUCUCCAAAUCUUGGAGGAAUUGUGGACGGAUUAUUCAUCUGGUCAUCUUGGGAAAAUGGUUCAAAGUUGUUUAGUGACUGAAAAGAUUUUGAAGGAAAUGAAUCUAGCUGAGUUGAAGCUGACAACAACAAUGGACAUAGAAGAGUACAAUGCAAGGAAAGCUUACUUUGAGAGAGUUGCAUUCAGAGAUACUUUGAGCUCUCAGUCAUUCUUCCUAAGUUCUGAAGAUCAAGCGCAAUUGGAAAGAUGCAAGCAGAAGACAGAAGUUGUGGAGUCAGAGAUAAUGAAAGGGUUUACAAGCUCAAAGCAAAGUGACGACAAAGUGAAGAUGGCCAAUUCAGUUUACACCAAGGAGCAGCUCAACUACUUCAGAG